GGAGCACCGUUGCCGAGGCUGCCGGGAAGAAUGACUGUUGGAUGCCUACUGCAGCCCCCUUUCCUGGGGAGGACUUGGCUCCCCGUGCUGCUGCUGGCAGCCUCUGCUCACUGCCACUGGCCCAGCGAGCCGGCAGAAGUGGUUCGGGACUGGGAAAACCAGCUGGAGGCCUCUAUGCACUCUGUGCUCUCGGACCUCCGGGAGACUGUGCCGGCUGUGGUGGGCAUACCGGACAGCUCUGCUGUGGUGGGACGCUUCUUCAGAGUCUCCAUCCCCACGGAUUUAAUUGCUUCCAAUGGAGAAAUUGUCCAGAUCUCCGAAGCUGGGAAGGACUCCUUGCCUUCUUGGUUACACUGGAACGCGGAGAGCAGCUCCCUGGAAGGGCUGCCCCUUGACACUGACAAGGGCGUCCACUACAUCUCGGUGACCACGCUACAGCCCUUUCCAAACGGGAGCUACGUGCCACAGACCGCAAACGUCUUCUCUGUUGAGGUCCACCAAGAAGACCACAACGAGCCUCAGUCAGUGAGAGUGGCCGUCCAAGACACGGGUGAUGCAGCGCCGGAAGAGCCGGUCACUAUCCUGACUGUCAUUUUGGAUGCCGACUUAACAAAAAUGACACCAAAGCAGAGGAUUGAACUCUUAAACAGAAUGAGAAGCUUCUCAGAGGUGGAACUUCAUAACAUGAAGUUGGUUCCUGUUGUAAAUAACAGACUCUUUGACAUGUCGGCCUUUAUGGCUGGACCGGGAAAUGCAAAGAAAGUGGUGGAAAACGGGGCCUUACUCUCAUGGAAACUAGGAUGUUCUCUGAGCCAAAACAGUGUCCCCAACAUCAGCAAAGUGGAGGCUCCAGCUAAGGAAGGAACCAUGUCUGCCCGCCUUGGCUACCCUGUUGUCGGCUGGCACAUUGCUAACAAGAAACCUCACCUCCCAAAGAGGAUGCGGCGGCAGAUCAACGCCACCCCUACACCUUUGACUGCCAUCGGGCCACCCACCACUGCUGCGCAAGAACCACCGACCAGGAUCGUCCCCACGCCGACGUCGCCCGCCAUUGCGCCUCCCACAGAGACAAUGGCACCCCCUGUCCGGGAGCCCAUACCGCUGCCGAGGAAGCCUACGGUCACCAUCAGAACAAGGGGCCCCAUCGUCCAGACGCCCACUCUGGGACCAAUCCAGCCAACCAGGGUAGCAGAAGGCACCAGCACGGCUUCCGUGCCAAUUCGCCCCACGAUGCCCGGGUACAUAGAGCCCACAGCAGUGAUGACACCGCCCACAACUACCACCAAGAAACCCAGAGUCUCCACUCUGAAGCCAGCCACACCAUCCACAACAGAUUCCUCCACAGCGACGACACGAAGGCCUACUCGAAGACCCAAAACACCCCGUCCAACAAAGCCUCCCAGCACGACCAGAUCCCCCAUCUCCAAGCUGACAACAGCCUCCCCGCCAACCCGCGUGCGCACCACAGCCAGUGGGCUCCCCCGGCCCUGGGAGCCAAACGAGCCACCCAAGCUGACAAACCAUAUCGACAGGGUCGACGCAUGGGAGGGCACCUACUUCGAGGUUAAAAUACCGUCGGAUACCUUCUAUGACAAGGAAGAUACCACCACUGACAAACUGCAGCUGACCUUGAAGCUGAAGGAGCAGCAGAUGCUAGAGGAGAAUUCGUGGGUCCAGUUCAACAGCACCAGCCAACUCAUGUACGGCAUGCCGGACCACAACCACAUCGGGAAGCACGAGUACUUCAUGUACGCGACCGACAAAGGUGGGCUUUUUGCUGUGGAUGCUUUUGAAAUCCACGUCCACAAACGCCCGCACGGGGACAAGUCUCCGGUGAAGUUCAAGGCCAGGCUGGAAGGGGACCACAAUGCAGUGGUGAACGACAUCAAUAAGAAGAUCAUGCUGGUGAAGAAGCUGGCUCUGGCAUUUGGCGACAGGAACAGCAGCACCAUCACGGUGCAGGACAUCACCAAAGGCUCCAUCAUAGUGGAGUGGACGAACAACACGCUGCCCCUGGAGCCCUGUCCCCGGGAGCAGAUCCGGACUUUAAGCAAAAAAAUUGCAGAUGACUCCGGUGGGCCGAGCCCGGCUUUCUCCAACGUCUUGCAGCCCGAGUUCAAGCCACUGAACGUGUCGGUGGUCGGCUCCGGCAGCUGCAGGCACAUCCAGUUCAUCCCCGUCACGAAGGACGGAAGGGUGAUAUCGGAGGUGACGCCGACGGUGGCAGCAGGCAAAGACCCCGAGAAGAGCAGCGAGGAUGACGUGUACCUGCACACCGUCAUCCCCGCCGUGGUGGUGGCCGCCAUCCUCCUCGUGGCUGGCAUCAUCGCCAUGAUCUGCUACCGCAAGAAGAGGAAAGGGAAGCUGACCAUCGAAGACCAGGCCACCUUCAUAAAGAAAGGCGUGCCCAUCAUCUUUGCCGAUGAGCUGGACGACUCCAAGCCUCCGCCGUCCUCCAGCAUGCCCCUCAUCCUCCAGGAGGAGAAAGCCCCGCUGCCUCCCCCAGAAUACCCCAACCAGAACAUGCCGGAGACCACGCCGCUCAACCAGGACACCAUCGGGGAGUACACGCCGCUGCGGGAUGAGGACCCCAACGCACCGCCCUACCAGCCUCCCCCCCCCUUCACCGCACCCAUGGAGGGGAAAGGCUCCCGCCCGAAGAACAUGACCCCGUACAGGUCCCCGCCGCCCUACGUCCCCCCUUAACAAACGGGAGGCUCUCGGGGGAGAAGGGGCCUCCAGCUCCACACCAGUGCUGUCUGUGGGCCGGCAGCCCCCUCGCCAGCCGGGAACCCGAAACCCCAGCCCGCUCCCCAACAGGCCCUCCCCGGCUGCGCCCGCCACACCGGAGCACUCGCAGGACUUGGGGGGAGACUUGUUUUAUUUUUGCCUAACAAGCUUUGGUUUUAUUUUAUUCAUAGAAAAAAUUCUCGGCUCAAACACGCCUUCCCGGCGGCUGGGCUUGGGCAGGGAGGGGGGACGGGACGGGACGGGAGGAGCAGGCAGCACUGGGGUAGCACUCUGGGUCUCCGCUGUUUGCCUUUAACACUAACUGUACUGUUUUUUCUAUUCACGUGUGUCUAGCUACA